AUGGAAUUUGAUGACUGGGAUUUGAGCGCCGAGGAACUUGACUCUCUCGAAAGAGAUGCCCUCAAGCAGAUCUCUCUGCGCAAUUCAUCUUAUUUUGAUGCCACUACUAGUACUCCUACUUCUACUACUUGUUCCUCAUCCACAAUUCCUUCUCAUCAACAACCAUCUCAUGAGUCGACUACUCAUUCUUCACGGCGUCAACUCCUCAUCCCCCCUGCCAACCCAAUCACACACUGUCCUCCCUACAACAAGGUAGAUACUUCUCUUUCCCCAUCUAAAAGAUUGCCUGCAUCAACGGCACCAAAUGUUACUGAUGAUUGCUCAAAGCAACAGCCUAUUCGCUCUGUCAAAUUUUUUUUACAUGCUAGUGGGAACAUUGCCGCCAAAUUUUCCUAUGAUCAGGUAUUAGUAGGAGCCUUCCGCAAGAUCCCCAAAGCUGGUUGGAAUGCAAAAGAAAGAUUGUGGAUAUUUCCUUUUUCAUCAUUCUUAUCAGCAGAAAAAGUUCUUAGUGAAAGUCCUGGCUCUAACAUUGAGGUUGAACAUUUGGACCCUUUGGUGCAGCGUGCUAUUGCUGCUGCCUCUGCUGUUCCAGAUCUUCAAGGGUCUGUACUUUUAAGUGUUACCUGUCCUGUCUCAAGUGUGUGGGUCUUGGUUCCCCCUAGGGAGGCCAUGGUACGGAUAACUGAAACUAUUCUCCGAGAUAAGAUUUUCUUCCUAAGGUGCUAUGAAGGUGACUUGGACAAUGCUCCAAGUCAAGGCAUCAACUCACUUGUGUUUGAUAUGUGGCCAUAUUGGAUUGAUCGGUAUGACCGGAUCCCUGGUAAUAUUGAAUCAAAGCUUAUGCCUUUUCAGCGUGAUGGUGUUAAAUUUAUUUUGCAGCAUGGAAGUCGUGUCCUUCUGGCUGAUGAAAUGGGAUUGGGAAAGACUCUUCAGCAUGGAAGUCGUGUCCUUCUGGCUGAUGAAAUGGGAUUGGGAAAGACUCUUCAGGCUAUAGCUGUAACCUCUUGCAUUCGUGAAUCAUGGCCUGUUCUGGUUCUUACUCCGUCUUCCUUGCGGCUGCAUUGGGCUUCUAUGAUUCAGCAAUGGCUGGAUAUACCGUCAUCAGAUAUACUUGUACAUCGGUAUGACCGGAUCCCUGGUAAUAUUGAAUCAAAGCUUAUGCCUUUUCAGCGUGAUGGUGUUAAAUUUAUUUUGCAGCAUGGAAGUCGUGUCCUUCUGGCUGAUGAAAUGGGAUUGGGAAAGACUCUUCAGGCUAUAGCUGUAACCUCUUGCAUUCGUGAAUCAUGGCCUGUUCUGGUUCUUACUCCGUCUUCCUUGCGGCUGCAUUGGGCUUCUAUGAUUCAGCAAUGGCUGGAUAUACCGUCAUCAGAUAUACUUGUGGUUUUAUCUCAAUGGGGAGGAUCAAACAGGGGUGGAUUCACCAUAGUACCCUCAAACACUAAGAGGACUAUUCAUCUUGAUGGCGUGUUCAACAUUAUAUCCUAUGAUAUUGUCCCCAAGUUACAGGACAUAGUAAAGGCAUCAGAUUUUAAGGUUGUGAUUGCAGAUGAAUCACACUUCUUGAAGAAUGCUCAGGCAAAACGGACAAGUGCUACCCUUCCCAUAUUACAGAAAGCUCAAUACGCAAUCUUGCUUAGUGGAACUCCUGCUUUAUCACGGCCAAUUGAGCUGUUCAAACAGCUGGAAGCUUUGUAUCCUGAUGUAUAUAGGAAUGUCCACGAAUAUGGUAACCGAUAUUGCAAGGGCGGAAUAUUUGGAAUGUAUCAAGGUGCAAGUAAUCAUGAGGAGCUGCACAAUUUGAUGAAAGCAACAGUGAUGAUUCGCAGACUCAAAAAGGAUGUUCUUUCAGAACUCCCUGUGAAGCGGAGGCAACAGGUGUUCCUGGAUUUGGGAGAAAAGGAGAUGAGACAAAUCAAUGCUUUAUUUCAAGAGUUGAAGGUGGUAAAGGGCAAAAUUAAAGCAAGCCAAUCCAAAGAGGAAGCUGAUGCACUGAAGUUUACUGAGAAGCAGCUCAUUAAUAAGAUUUAUACUGAUUCUGCGGAAGCCAAAAUUCCAGCUGUACUGGACUACCUGGGAACUGUUGUUGAGGCAGGCUGCAAAUUUCUAAUAUUUGCACAUCAUCAACCAAUGCUUGAUUCAGUACACCAAUAUCUUCUGAAGAAAAAAGUUGGCUGCAUUCGGAUUGAUGGCAGUACUCCAGCAGCUUUACGGCAAGCAUUGGUUACAGAUUUUCAGGAGAAAGAUACUAUAAAAGCAGCGGUGCUAUCUAUCAAAGCUGGAGGUGUUGGGUUGACCUUAACAGCCGCAAGCACAGUAAUAUUUGCGGAAUUGUAUUGGACUCCAGGUGACUUGAUUCAAGCAGAAGAUCGUGCACAUAGGAUUGGUCAGGUGUCAUCAGUCAAUAUAUACUAUCUGUUAGCAAACGACACCGUUGAUGACAUAAUAUGGGAUGUUGUUCAGAGCAAGCUUGAAAAUCUAGGACAGAUGCUUGAUGGCCAUGAGAAAACCUUGGAAGUUUCAGUUAGCCAGACAAGCAGCAGCCCUGCAAAACAGAGAACACUUGACUCCUUCAUCAAGCGAUGCAACAACUUUUGCAACUCUGAACAUGAACCUAAGCUUAAAUACCCCAGGCAAUGAGCCACUAAACCUAGGAAAUGGUGAUUCAAAAAUAUGUACAGAUGAACAGGCACAUACCUGGAUCAUUCUUUUUGCAGUGCUGAGCGCACAGUUUUGGAUGUAUUUGAAACAAUGUGCUGUUUUGUGUUCAGUAGUUAUGUCGACCAUAUGAAAUUCGUCUUUCUUCAGGUUUGGAAAUGGGAUGUAAUUAUGGCUUGUGUACAUUUCAUCAGUUGAUUCCAUCAAAAUCUGAUUCUGGC